GAAGUUUACAGCAGCUGUACCAUGAACCAACGACUCAUCAUCUGUUCCAUACCAUCCUCUCAAAUUAAUCACUAUAGGACCGCAGGUCAGGAGGGUCACGAGAGAGGCAGAGAUGAAGAAAGAGAGGGAGGGAGCUGGGAGUGUGGAUGAGUUGACACAGUAUAGGGAGCAAAGGGGAGGGAAAGGAACAGAUGGGACUUGUGAGGAUUAGAGGGAAAUCUGGGUGGUUUUCUGAUGGAAACUCACCCAAGACGCAGGAGGGUGUGACGAGGGAGGGAGCGCAGAGGAAAGGUGAGGAAGACCGACAUCCACGUCUGAGCAGAGGUGAAGAAAACACCAAGACUCCUGCGUCUCCUGCUCCUCCCGGACAUGGUGGUCGUCCAGACAAACACAGAGUUGUCGAGCAUUAAUCUCAUCCACCUAACUCUGCAAGAUUAACACAGAUUACCAGAUGGGUUGGUUGGUUGACCAGAGGUGGGCCUGAGACUCUGGACUAAUCGCUCCUUGGCGAGCUCAGUCCCUCCCUGAGAGGUGGAGGAACAGGUUGGGGGACGGGAUGUGCCCUGAGCGCCGGACCGAUUAGUCGCAAAAUCCGCGGGAGAAGAUUUAGACGUUUAUCUUUGUCCGAAGAGGAGACGACCGGAGACGAGGUGCGAGUUGUGAUGGGGUAGAGCGGCGGCUUCGUGAGAGGGAAUGUGCGGAGUCAAGCGUCUCGCCUGGCUCGUGCCGUAGCAUCGAGAAGAAGAAGAAGAAGAAGAAGAAGAAGAAGAAGAAGAAGAAGAAGAAGAAGAAGAAGAAGAAGAAGACAUGUACUUGUCAUGAACUACUUUUCUCUGGAGUUCCUGCUGGCCUUCACAUCUGUCUCUUCUUCUUUCUUACUCACUGGAAGCGAUUAAAUCUGCCCACACUUCAUCUUCCUCCUCUGUCCUCUGACCUCUGACCUUUGUCUUCCUUAAGCCCCUCCCUUCCCCCAUCGCUCCACCCAACCUCUGCUUUGAUCUUCUCCUCUGCCCUUUGUUCUACUUCUCAAACGCCCCCAAUCCCCUUCCCUCGCUUUCUCUCUCUUUCCUCCUCUUUUCCAUCCUCCAUGAAUCAACCUCAAUCGCCACCACAACCUUUCACUUCCAACACGUCCUCAGCCCGUUGGACUCGUGGUGUUACAGAACCCCCCUCUCGCCUCUGAUCUGCGUCCUGAUUGGUCAGCGGGCUCUUACAGCCAUUUUUUAACUUUGGAAGCCGCAGCCACGCUCGUCCUGUCUCCAUCUUUCAUCACGUGUCUGUCUUGCGUGGAGAGGCAGCCAUGCUGGAGAAUAUGUCCAGACGUAACCGCUCCCUGUUGUCCCUGUCCCUCACCUCCCUGGCCCUCACCCUGUCCGUGUUGGCGUUCUGCACCUCCUACUGGUGCGAGGGGACGCACAAGGUGGUGAAGCCGCUGUGCCUGUCGCCCGUCAAGUUGAAGAACUGCGGACAGAAUAACAGCCAACCAUACACCACAGAGGCCCCCACCCCGGACCCCAAGAACCCGUCCUCCAACGUGACGCUGACUCCGCUGCAGAAGGAGGAGCUGGCCAGGAUGAAGAGGAAGCAGCUGGCCAACGCCGUCCACUACAUCUGGGAGACGGGCGAGGACAAGUACAUGCUGCGUUACUUCCACACGGGCUUCUGGCUCUCGUGUGAGAAGCACAAUGAAGGUGAGGAUCAGGAGGAGAAGUGUCGCAGCUUCAUUGAGCUGACGCCAGGAGAAACUCAAGGCGUCCUCUGGCUGUCCGUCAUCAGUGAGUUCAUGUACAUCGGCCUCCUGGCCAUGGGAUUCCUGCUGAUGUGGGUGGAAUCCAUUUGCCUCUGUGCCAAGAGGGAGAUGAACGCCCUCAAGAUCAACGCCUAUGCCGCCAUGUGCACCGUCCUCUCAGGUUUGAUGGGGAUGAUGGCGCACAUGAUGUACACCACCGUGUUUCAGAUGACCGUCAGCAUCGGACCCAAAGACUGGAGGCCACAGAGCUGGGACUACGGAUGGUCCUUCGCAAUGGCGUGGCUGUCGUUCAGCUGCUGCAUGGCGGCCGCCGUGGCGACACUCAACUCCUACACAAAGACCCUCAUCGAGAUGAAGCACCGGGCCCGGGUGAGGCUGGAGGAGGCCCACGCCGCCACCUUAGCCCCUUCCUAUGAGGAGGUCGUCCGAGGAGGCGGCGGAGGGGGUGGUGCGGGGGUGUACUCCGUCAGCCAGCUGAUUCAGCUCGGCCACCAGGGAGUGCUCAUGGACCCACUGUGGCCCAGAGGGGCGGGACCAGCUGUUGGACCUCUUGCAUGUGGAGCUGGGGGAGCGCUGCUCGUUGGUGGAGGAGGGAUUGGAGUUGGGGAAAUGGGAAUGGGAGGAGUGGAAGUGGGAGGAAUGACUUCUAUGGGAGGAGUGGGAGGAAUGACGGCCAUGGGAGGAGUCGGAGGAAUGACGGCCAUGGGAGGAGUCAGAGGAAUGACGGCCAUCGGAGGAAUGGGAGGAAUGACGGCUAUGGGAGGAGUUGGCGUGGGAGGAAUGACUUCCAUGGGAGGAAUGGGAGGAAUGGGAGGAAUGCCUUCCAUGGGAGGGAUGGUAGGAAUGGGACUUGGAGGAAAUGGGGUGGGAAUGGGAGUGGGAGCAGUGGGAGGAAUGGGAGGAAUGACUUGCAUGGGAGGAAUGGGACUUGGAGGGAGUGGGGUUGGAAUGGGAGUGGGAGCAGUGGGAGGAAUGGGAGCAGCUGGAGUGGGAGUGGGGCGGCUGGGGGACCCUCACGGCGUGGUGGUGAUGGAAGGAUGCUGCGCUGAAGGAUGUGAAGACUGUGAACGGGAGAUGGACGAGAUAGAUUACGCUUUGCAGGAGGAGAGGGAGGACUCACUCUGCUGAGAUUCUGUAGAACUGUGACGACACUGGAACCACACCCACUUUUGUAUAUAUAAAGUUUAAUAAUAAUUGUGGCACAUUGUUUUUCUGGACUCUUUGUUUGCAGCAGUUACACACUGAUCCGUCAUUUCAUUUUCUGACCACUAGUUGGCGUAGAGACUCACGCAGAGCAACAUUAUUUUUCUAUUGUUGUGUCUCUGGCCAGCUGAUGAACAUUCACUUCCCUUUUGGCUCCGGUUUGUUCUCCACCAACUUAAAUAUCAGUUAGUGUAGAUUAGACUCGGGUUGUUUGAGCUUGUUUGAUUUAAAACUGUGACCUGAGCUUGUAUGUGGAAGAGAACUGAGCUGAGGAACCGAAACAAAGUAGAAGAAGCUCAAAGAGUCGAGUGUCGAUUCUCAUCGGACUCAGCUCUUUUAACGACUGCAGUUGAAAAUGAAACCAACUGAAGCUUAGAAUCUUCUCCAUCCUCCUGGAUUUCUUUUAAAACAUCAUGUUUGGCUCAAACCUCAAAGACCCAGCUGCACGUUUGAUGUUUCUAAACUAAAUUAUCAAUUUGUUUUAGGACAUUGACGGAAAGAUCGAUGUAAGAAAGGAUUUGUUUCAUUUUUAUAAAGACAGUUGUGAUUGUAAAAUACGUUUAAAUGUGUUUAAAGGACUUAAGGCCAAUAGAAAACUCUGAAAUCCUUUUGAUAUUUGUAUCAGUACAUUUUCAGUCUGGUUGCAAAAGAUUUGCUAAAGUUAUGUUUCUGUGAUGAUAUGCAAAGAAAAACAAACAUUAUCACAUAUAUGAUAAAAAAGAUCAGUUAUUGAAAACUUAAAACAAUAUUUAUAUGUAAUGAAACUUUAAUGGAUGAUGUGAUUAAGUUUUUAAAGUGAACUUCACAGCGUUGGCUAUGACUGUGGUUUACAGUGUUAUUCACAAUUUAGUUUUUUUUAUUCAGUGUUUGCAUGAAUGAGUUUGGUGACAAAUUAAA